AUGAGUGACGGAAAUGCUGGCCAGGACUCCCUACUGGUUUCAUAUCAUGAUCGAGCUUCUUCUGCAACAGCCCUACUAGAGCCCGUCAACCCGGACACCCAUCCGAAUUCUUCCUCCCACCCCAAGAAGCCACUACCACCGUUGGUGUCGGAUGCUGGCUCCCCUGCCGGAUCCUCUACUACCAAUCGAGCGCUUCACUCUGCCAGUGCCUCAUUUUCGCACAAGAGAGGCGACUCAGGGGGCGCCAUCCCGGAUGAUUUUGCCUCGGAUGGCGUGAGUGAGCAAGCGGCCGACCUUGCUUCCUCCAACGUGCCAAACGGGUGUCGUCAAGCAUGGCAGGAGCAAUGGAGGCGGUCUGACACCGAGUUAGUCCGCUCAUCAAGCCGCGCAGUAGCUGAAAGUCGAAUGGGGCAGGCUAGUCCGGCUGACAGCAAUUCCCGCCUUCCUAGAGAUGCCGCCCCCACGGCGGACGACAUAGGCGAAAGUAAUGGCGGCUCAUCCCCGCUUCAUUCGCAAGCAUUUCGCUCCAGUCCCAUUAUGAAUGCCGGCCGUCCGCCAAUGAACCCAAGCGCCAAUCCAGACGAGAUGGCCUCCCUCUCCGAAGUGUCACGGGAGUCUGCGGAAGAUCUGAGCUAUGGCCAAGAGUCCGCGAGACAAUUGAGCAAUGCUCAUAGUCCCGCCGGCGCGGUCACGGGGACAUCCGGAGAAGAAAGACUGAUUCAGGAUGUUCGAGGGAUCUAUGCCGGGUUGAUGCUGGCGGAAAAUAGAUGCGAGGUGUUGCACAAGCAGGCCCAAGAAUUGCCCACGAUGACGCACGCUCAAUAUCAAAGCUUGGUUGGAACCCACGGAACUAUACUGCAAGAGUAUCACGAUUUCUUCCUUUGCUCCCAACAUCCUGUCGCGAGCCCUGUGCUCAAACGCCUAGCGGAGAAAUAUGCCAUGCCUGCACGACUAUGGCGCCACGGAAUCCAUUCGUUGCUGGAGUUGCUGCGCCAUCGGCUUCCUGAAUCCUUGGAGCACAUGCUAGCCUUCAUCUACUACGCUUAUUCCAUGCUCACACUGAUGCUCGAAUCGGUGCCCGCCUAUCAAGAUACCUGGAUUGAGUGUCUGGGAGAUCUCUCGCGCUACCGGAUGGCCGUGGAGGAAUCCGACCUUCGCGAACGUGAAUCCUGGGCGGGCGUGGCACGAUACUGGUACAACCAGGCUGCAGACCGGAACCCGAGUGUGGGCAGAAUCCAGCAUCAUCUGGCGGUUUUGGCCCGACCGGAUAUCAUCCAGCAAUUGUUUUAUUAUACGAGAUCUCUGGUCAGUGUUCAGCCGUUCGCGGGCACACGGGAGAGUAUUUUUCUCCUCUUCAAUCCAUUCCUGAGAGGUCCCCGAGCACUCGGUCGUCUGCCACUAGUAAGCGCUUUUGUGACCGCACAUGGCCACUUGUACACUAGAGACGUCGGAGAUCGCUUUAUUAAGUCGAUCGACACAUUUGCAUCGCUUCUGAACCAGACUAUAAGCCAAUUGGGGGCUGCACUCAGGCUACAAGGGUUCUUCAUUUGCGCUUGUAAUAUUUCCGCCAUGCUAGAAUAUGGCAGCCCCGACGCUUACCUGGGCCUCGAGUUCCAGGAGGCGGAGCAGUCGCAAGUAGAGUCACUAGAAGAGGUCUACGACUCUGCUGCCAACGCCUGGAUUCCUGUCAAUGACCUCGAGGCCGUGCAAGCAGAGUUUUUAGCAUCUCGGGACUCCCCAAAUCCAUCGCCUCUGCUCUUUUACGGGUCCUACCUCGCUUACCACACUUUGUCCGUGAUGCUCGAACAAGUCAAUCAGGUCCCUGACAGGAACAUAUACGCAGCAUGCCAUGUCUCUCUAGCAUUCCUCUGGUGCUUGUCACUUACACCGCGGGGUAUGAACCGCCUGGAAGUUGCAGUACCGUGGAGAAAACUUGUGUCCUUUCUCAAUACUCUGUUUCGCAGCUACAUCAGGCCCGAGAUCGCCGAGAGGGAAGACUUUCCCGUCUCGGAAGAGACCACCUGGGUAGCGGAAGACUUCCUUAUCCGUGGCCAGAUCUGGAGCCAACGUCUCUAUCCUGCAUCUUUCUUCGACAACGCACCUACUGCCGGCGAGGGCAGGAACAUUGAGCCGCCGUCACGGGAUAUCACGAGGAUGUACAGGUGCAUAUGGCUGGGAAUCAGGCUUGCCAAGUUUGGACGUUGGAUCACAUAUGACCCCAACGAGCGGAAGUUCUCUGCUACCCCAUUCGCCCUGGAGCUUGAGACUAUUGCCGAAGAACACAACCCCUUUUCCACGCCGAGUGAGGCCAGUCAGGAUAGUGCAGGCAACGACGCGCGCGAAACAUGA